CCUGCAUCUUUCUACUUCUUUGGGGAUGGACAAUGUCAACUGAGAGCAGAACCCAGCAGCGUGUGAAAGGCGUACCUGAGCUGUACAAACAGGGCAGUAGGCCACACAGACAGAGAAGGGAAGUGCAUCAGGAGUCACACAAGCAAGGCAGCCCUGUAUUUAAGAGAAGUCCCGACAUCACAAAGUCUCCACUCACAAAGUCAGAGCAGCUUCUCAGAAUAGAUGAUCACGACUUCACCAUGAGACCUGGAUUUGGGGGUCCUGCAAUACCAGUGGGCGUUGAUGUACAAGUGGAAAGUUUAGACAGUAUUUCAGAGGUUGAUAUGGACUUCACUAUGAAAUUGUAUCUAAGACACUACUGGAAAGAUGAGCGCUUGUCCUUCCCCAGUUCCAACAAUCAGAGUAUGACGUUUGAUGGCCGGCUAGUGAAAAAGAUUUGGGUUCCCGACAUGUUCUUUGUUCAUUCCAAGAGAUCCUUUAUUCAUGAUACCACAACAGAUAAUAUUAUGCUGAGGGUUCAACCUGAUGGGAAAGUGCUGUACAGUCUCAGGGUGACAGUGACAGCAAUGUGCAAUAUGGAUUUUAGCCGUUUUCCUCUUGACACCCAGUCCUGCUCUUUAGAGAUUGAAAGCUAUGCAUACACAGAAGAUGAUCUUAUGCUAUAUUGGAAGAAUGGUAACGAAUCAUUAAAAACUGACGACAGAAUAUCAUUAUCACAAUUCCUUAUUCAGGAGUUUCACACGACUACAAGGCUUGCUUCCUAUAGCAGCACAGGAUGGUACAAUCGCCUGUACAUCAACUUUACAUUACGGCGCCACAUCUUCUUCUUUCUCCUACAAACAUACUUCCCAGCAACCCUGAUGGUGAUGCUCUCUUGGGUGUCUUUCUGGAUAGAUCGCAGGGCAGCUCCUGCCAGAGUUCCCUUAGGUAUAACCACGGUGUUGACUAUGUCUACCAUCAUAACGGGAGUAAAUGCCUCCAUGCCCAGAGUCUCAUACAUCAAAGCCGUGGACAUUUACUUGUGGGUUAGUUUUGUGUUUGUCUUCCUAUCGGUGCUGGAAUAUGCAGCCGUGAAUUAUUUGACCACUGUGCAAGAGAGAAAAGAAAGGAAAAUGCGGGAAAAGUAAUGUUACUAGAUUCAUUGGAUUCACCAAUGGACACUCAAAAGAAUUAUCAGCAAGCAACAAGAACUCACAUGUCACAUGGGACCGGAGAGGUAAUGGACACAGAUAAGCAGAAUAAAUUAAUGGAGCUAUUGUGACGCUUAGGAAAUAGAAGACUGCAUUUGUGACCAUGUAUGUGUCACUUACUUUGAGCAUUUAAUCUUCACAAAAGAAAGUUGUCUACGCUCUAGUUUUUUUUUUUGUUUUCUUAAUGUGGUGGGUAGAAAUUUGAUCAAGUCAGUCCAGAUUGGUCAUAGUACAAGCAAUUUGCAUCUGUUAAAAUUACAGAUGUGAACCGUGUCAAAGAAUUUAAAAAUAUUUAGCAUUGGAAAAUAAUUGAAGAUUAAUGUCUUUAUAUUAUUUAUAGUCUAAGGCUGAUGCCACA